AUGCCGCAAAAUCACAAGCCUGUCGCCAAUGACGUCGGCGACGACGACGACGAGGAAGAUUACAUGUCAAUGAUAAUCCAAGAACCGGCCCAACAACAACGGGAAACGCUCACGCAGCGCAAACUCCGGAAACAGCGCGAGUCAGAAGCAAAAGCUCGCGUACCCUCCAAAGCCGAACGCGCAGCUGCCGAGGCCACGAGACGCGAAACAGCGCUGAGCGAGAGCGUACUCCACCCGUCGAACAAGGGGUUUCAGAUGAUGGCGAAAUUGGGGUUUAAGGCGGGGGAUAAGUUGGGGAAGAAGGUCUCCCCUCCACCACCUCCACAGGUGAAGGUGGCAGGGUCAGCUGGAUCCGAUAAAUCCGAGGAAAAUGCGGAAAGGGAAAGUUUACACGAGGGAAAUGAAGUAUCAGCCUGGAUCCAAUCACGCGCCGAACCGUUACGAUUAAUCAUCAAAGAGGACCGGGGCGGAAUCGGAUUGGAUAGUGAACGGAAACGGAAAUUUAGACAGGAGACUGAUCACGUCGAUAAGAGACCCAAAGCGGAUGAAGGUGAGUAUCGGGAUCGGAUGCGCGCUGAGAGGGAGGAGAGGAGGUGUGAGGGAUUAGUUGUUGGUGCGCAGAAAGUGCUUGAGAAAUUGGAGACCGAGGCCGAUGAGCAAGAAGAGAAGAAAGUAAAAGGGAAGAAAGACAAGCCGCUGAAAGAGGUGAAUGUGCUGUAUAGAGGACUUGUGCGCGAGCGGCUUCAGCGCGAACAGGAGAAACUAGCUCGUCUUAUAUUCGAGGACUCAUUAUCAUCAUCAGAGACGAGGCGACAUCUCCCAAAACCGCGAUUACCUACUUUCAACGAUGAUGAUGACGCUCAUGAAUUACAAAACACAAAAGAAGAAGAUAUAACAUUCGUGGAACAAACCCUCGACCCAGAUGAGGAAAACGACGAAGAAGAUGCCGAACUCGACGACUUUAACGGAUUGCCCAAUCCGGAAAAAUUACAGAAGUUGGUGAUGUAUAUGCGAGAAAAGUAUUGGUAUUGUUUUUGGUGUAAGUAUCGUUAUGACUCGGAGGAGAUGGAAGGGUGUCCUGGUGUUACGGAGGAGGAUCAUGAUUAG